GUUCACUUGUAUGCUUGAUUAAGAAUAAAUUCCACGUUUCCUCGGAUUUUGUUUUGACAUUUGACUACCAAAUAUGAAAGAUAUCUAAAUUAAAGAAUUCAGUUUUUACACAUAUAUUCUUGCUUUUCAGUGAAUAUAUACAGUUAAAUUUAGUCAUUAGAUUUUAAAAUUAUGAUUUGAAAAGAUGAUUUAGCACGAAAUGAUUUCAUGGAAGAUGAAAGAGUGAUGUGAAAAUGGAUGAAGAAGAUGGUUUACAAAAUCCAGAACAAGAUGGAGAGGAGUCGUCUUCACUCCGCACAGAAAUAGUUCAUUUUCUGGAAGAGGAUGGCAGUGAAAAUCAUUUCAUUGUAGGUCCAGGAGUAUUUCGCAUUUGUGAGGCAUCUUCAACUGUUGAUGAUGGAUCAAAAACAAUGUUAGAAAACGACAUCAAAGUGAUAUCAAAUGAAGUAGAAAACUUGAUUUCAAGUACAGAAAAGCUUAGUAGUAGACAAGGUGACACAAGUGAUACACAAGAUGAGCAAGAAAACUGUUUUAACUCUUUACCAAGGGAGAUAAUUUUAAAGAUUUUUAGCUUUUUUUCAUCAGUGGAGUUGUGUCGCUGUGUGAUACCAGUUUGUAAGCAGUGGUAUGAUGCAGGUCAUGACCCGAGCCUGUGGAAGGAGCUGGACUUUAGUCGACAGUGCGAGCUCCCAUCCACCGUCUUAUGUAGGACAAUUUCCAGAGCAACGUCACUCAAAAAACUAAGCUUGAUGGGAAGGCUGGAUCUAAGCACAGCUGAGGUGGCGGUCUUCUCUCAGUAUAUACCUCUCCUGGAAUCCCUUAAUCUGGGCUUCUGUACUGGUGUCAACCGGACCGUGACUGAGUACUUUGUGAGGAACUGUCCACGACUUACAGAGCUCAAUGUGGAGGGGUGUCACACGGUGGACGACAGUGUCACGGCGGCCCUCCCCCGCGGAGAGAGGCUCCGGAGCUUUAACUUCUCCCACUGUAACCUGACAGAUGACAGCAUUGUCUUACUAGCCUCUGCAGUCAAGAGAAUUGUGUCCCUCAAUAUUGAUGGCAUUUCCUGGAUCUCUGACAGUGCUGUGGUCACCUUAGUAGACAACCAACAUCAGAAUCUAGAGGAACUGGUCCUAGACGGAGCGGAGCUCUCAGAUAAAAGUUUCCACCACAUCGCCAGGUGUGCCAAACUCAAAAAACUCCACGUGUCCUUCUGUGAGGGGUUAACUGACCAGUCCCUCAGGUAUAUACAGACUCUACAGAACCUGACCUACCUGAAGAUGAGGAAGGGUGUGUAUUUCACCACAGAGGGCCUGCUGUCUCUGUUUACCUGUAAAUCCAUGUCUCACUUGGGGGAGCUCGACUUCUCCGAGAGUACGCAAUUCGUCAACGACUGCGUCAUCCAGAUGACCAAAUGUUGUGGCCCUACCCUCCAGAAUUUGGCCCUGUCCUGGUGCUGGGACAUCACUGACCCUGGGGUCAUCUCCAUUGUCGACCACUGCAGGAAUUUAGAAGUCCUUGACAUUAUUGGUUUACAUAAAAUAACGUGUGAUAGGCAGUGUAAUAGGAUAAUUGAUGAAUUGAUCGAAGACGUAGUAAGAAAGAAGCCCGACUUGACAGUGUUUAAUUACUACGGAGAACAGUUUGUACAUGUGAAGGGGUGACAUUUAAUAUCGUAGAACGGGAUCUGGGGGUGACAAAAUAAACUUCAGUGGAGAGAAUAUCUAUAGUGCUCCAUAGACAGACAAAUAAUUAUUUAUACACAAAUAUCAGAUACAUGUAUUACUCAUUUUACUGCCCAUCUUAGAUCUGAGUGCUGGAAAUGGAAACCAUUUUCAUAAAAUGAAGAGGAAAAGAACCCUACUCAGAAAUCUUGUUGAAGCAGCCUGUAGAAUUAUUGAUGGUUGUCAAAAAAGUUAAGAAGUUGAUUCUGACUGUGCUGUAGAUUGUUCUGUAUUAAAAGGGAGAUUAAUAUGCUAGUUACUGGUAUGCAUACCGAUGCUUCCAUUUUAUAGGGUUGUACCAUGUCUUUCAUUUAUCUAAUGAUCUAAGAUACAACUGAUUUUUUUUUCUUUGUCGUGUUUCAUUUCAGUGUGAUGAACUAUGAACAAACACCAUAAACAUUACAUCAGCAGUACCAUGUUGCCUUUUUAUUUAUCUUGGUGUGCAGGAUAAAAAUCUUAACUGCACCGUCUUAAAUAUUGUAAUUUCCUCCAGAUCACAUGCUUUGGCUUCCAUGUAUAUGUGUUUUAAAUCCUUUUGAAAUGGAUAUUUAGUAGGGGUGUUAUGCCCCCAUAAUGAAAGAUUCAGAGGCAAACAGUUUUUGGUCUGUUUGAUCCCCUGCCUAUAAAUAAAUAUUUCUGUAACAUUCUUUCAAACCACUUCUCUUACUACAGUUUUGGUCUGAUUUUGAUACAACUUGGCAUACAGGUUCGGAUGAUGGUUGAACUCUCUUUUACUCAUGAGCCAUUGAGGAGUUGUAUUAAACUCAAUAUGUAUUGUUGACAGAAAUAAACAAGAAAAGAAAA